CGGCUCUUUCUUCUUUCAUAAAGUUCGUGAUCCAGGCGCAGUGUCUGAGACCACCUUCACCAGCGGUUUUCGUGUCAUGGCUUGAGUGUAUAUUUUUAUAUCUUUGCCCUCCCGGCACCACAGUCGUCUUCGUAGCUACAUCGAUCGCCUACCAUACGCACCUCCAACCACAACCAGCUUACAACCGAUCGACACAAUGGCAAGCAAAACCGCCCACCUCGCCCUCCUUCUCAGCCUGCUCGCUCUUCCGCAAGCUCUCCUCCUUCUGCUGGCCCUCUGCCUUGCCCUGGCCUACCGCUACAUCAAAACAUCCCCUCCCGCCUACCAAGCAUCGCUGAUCAAAUUCCACGCCCUCGCAACCGAAAGCAUUCAACUCACUCUCGCUCUCGUGGGAUGGGCGAAUUUCCUUACCGUUGCCGUUCUGCUGCUCUCGUCGACCCACGAUCAUCACGACAAUCACAGGAGCAUGGGUGUUCUUUAUCUCAUCGGCGGCAGCUUGAUCCUCUUCAUCGCGGGCGUGAGCGCAGUGCUAGGCGUGUACGCCGUGGAUCUUAUCGAGGCGCGCGUGGUGCUGGGCGUGUGGCGGCAUCCGUAUGCGUGGCGGUGUUUUGCUUUGACGAGAGUGCUACUGCGGGCUGUGUGGCGGGGGAGGAGAGGUCAACAUGCCACAGCUGGUUUCAAAGUGAAGGCUGAUCCUGUGGAGGGGCGAGAUUGGGAGGAUACUUUGCGGUCCUUGGAGUAUUUGGAUCUUGCUUUGGGGAGAGAGGAGAGGGAGAGAGGGAGGGAGAGGUCACGGUCGUUGGAGUAUUUGGAUCUUGAUCAUGAGAGAAAGGAGAGGGAAAUGGGAGCACGGGCGAGGAUGAGUCGGUGAAGGAGUAGAGAACUGGGCCUGCCUUGGUCGUAUUGAGCGGUGAAGAGAAUGCCCGGACAGGACAGCGCAAGGCCGUCCCACUGCAGCUUGACAUGCAUCUGUCGUCGGUACAUCAGACCACUUCCAGUUCUCCAUCGUCCUUGAUUUCCGCCGAUUGGAAACAAAGUUCGGACGUCGUGAUAUGCAGCCUCAACCGCAUUUGG